AAAAAGCUCACUCCAUAUGCAGUCGCACCACUCCAACAUUUGACCUCCAAAAACGACCUACUUCUUCACGUCGAAGGUUUCUACCAUUUCCAUUUCCAUUUCUUGGAGCACCGAAAAAAAAACGGCAAGGGCGCUGACCCCCGCCCCCACAGCCACGCUGCCGGCCUCUCGGAAGGCCGCGGCGCUUUACCUUCUCGAGAACGAAAUCAAAUACAGCUUUUUAUACUCUAUCUCUCUCUCCCUAUCUCGAUUCGCUUCUCCUGUCCCAAGGCAACUUCAUCUGCUUCUCCGCCCAGCAAUUCUUUAGUUUUCUUGAUAGCUUUUCCGCAGCAGAGGCAACCUUUCUCUGCUUCACACCCAGAAAGGUUGCAAUCUCGUUGCGGAUUGAGGCGAUUACUGUUCUCUUGACGUUUUAUUGGGAUUUCGAAUCGCAUUGCCUUGCUUCGACAACUAGGGCUUACAAAAUUUGAACUUUUUUUCUCUGGGGACCGUACCAAAUAGACACUUUUUUUUCAUAAUUUUGUGGCGGCUGUUUCUUGAUCUGGUAUCGAAGUUUUGCCAGUGUUUCCAUGGCCAACGGCGGCGCCAACCUUCGCUGCAACUGCUACAAAGUCCCGGGGCUCUCUACCCCAAUCCUCGAAACAUCGCGCAUCUCAUACCUUGGCGAUCGCUACGUUCUCGGUGAACAGCUGGGGUGGGGUCAGUUCGGUGUGAUUUGCGCUUGUACCGAUUUAGUCACCGGCGAGAUCCUCGCGUGCAAGUCCAUCGCCAAAGACCGUCUCAUUUCUGCAGACGACGUACGCAGCGUCAAACUCGAGAUUGAGGUCAUGAUGCGGCUCUCCGGCCACCCCAACGUCGUCAACCUCAAGGCAGUCUACGAGGAAGCGGACUAUGUGCAUUUGGUCAUGGAACUCUGCGCCGGUGGUGAGCUAUUCCACCGCAUCGAGAAACACGGCCGCUUUUCCGAGCGAGAGGCGGCUGUCCUCUUCCGGGACCUAAUGGAGGUCGUUAUGUACUGCCAUGACAGCGGGAUUGUUCAUCGCGAUCUAAAGCCAGAAAACAUUCUUCUCGCCACCAAGUCACCAUCUUCUCCAAUAAAGCUCGCUGAUUUCGGUCUUGCUACUUAUAUCAAGCCUGGGCAGAGCUUGUAUGGGACUGUGGGAAGCCCGUUCUAUAUUGCACCGGAGGUAUUGGCUGGGGGUUACAAUCAAGCAGCCGAUGUUUGGAGUGCAGGGGUUAUUCUCUAUAUUCUUCUGAGCGGGAUGCCGCCGUUUUGGGGAAAGACAAAGUCAAGAAUCUUUAAUGCCGUGAGAUCCGCUGAGCUGCUGUUCCCCUCUGAUCCAUGGAAUGAGGUGUCAGACUCUGCAAAGGAAUUAGUGACUCGAAUGCUUUGCAGGGAUUCAGUUCGGAGAUUAACAGCCAAGCAGGUUCUAGAACACUCAUGGAUAAACCAUUAUGCUCAGAAGUUGCAAGGUGUUGAUGUACAUGGAAAAUUGACAGCUUUUGGGCGAGAAGACUUGAGGAAUUCUUUCUCAGCUCCAAUCAUGGCAGCAAGCCGAGACUUGAGUUUCAGCUUCAGCCCACCAGUUCAGAUGGAAAACCAACAAGAUCAUUCUUCACCAACUUCCACUUGUUUAACAUCCUUUUCUCCCUUCCAUGGCAAUGCUAGUGCUUCUUCUCCUACUACUGGAUUCUCCUUCCACAGCUGUAGCCACUCUAGCAGCACAGGUUUUUCACCUUCGGCUUCAUUGAUGCCGAACUUCUCAUUCUACAGCCCUCCCCCAAUUCAGCAAGAAAGCCUGUUCGAUUUCACAACCAAGGAAAUUAUAUCAAGUGGCUCCAGUAAUUUCAAGCUCUUGGAAUCUGUUCUGUGCAAGGAAGCUGAAGUCAGUAAGGGUCUGGCCUGCACGUCUAAGGCCAUCGGUCGUCACAGCAAGAGGAACCAUACCAUUGGAAUGGGCGAGCUCGAGCAGCUUGAUCUCAUGGUAUCUGAAUCGGUUAUACGAUGGGCCUCCUGUGUGCAUCUAACUGAAGCAAUGUCUCUCAGGUCGUCGCUUGUUUUCUGAUGAUCAUCGCAGAUGCAAGAAUUGUAUUGAUGUACUGCUUUGCCAUUGCUGCAUUGCCCAAGUCUAUAAUACUUUUCUGGUUGUGCUGCUACUGUGUUUUGAGCAAUUCCUACUGAGAAAUACCUGUCCAGUAACUGUAUUUUGACGAAGGCUUCCUGCAAUAUAUGAUUUUGCCAAAUUUUAGUCA